AUGUGCUUGCUCUUGCACGAACGCUUCCCCGAGGGAGGAGGCGGAGCCCGCGGAGACAGAGAGGAGCUGCCUGACAGCUGCUCGCACAACUCCUGCAGCUGGAGCGAGGGAGCGUCGGGCCCGGGCACGACGCCCCGCGCCACGAGGUACUCACGGACCGGCCUGCCCUCCCUGGAAGCUAGGCGGGCGCUCUUCCGCACCGUGGAAGGGCCAGGCGAUGGGGCGAAGAGCGGAGGCGAGUUGGGAGCAGACAUGGCGGGCGUCUGCAGUGGAGUCAGCGAAGGGGAGAUCCCCGCGCCCCACCAGCGCGGACAGCUCUUUGAACGACCUUUUGACUUCAUCCGAAUGCUGUUUUCUUCUCUCUGA